AUUAGAAAUAAAUAGAAACGACAGAAACAUACAUCAGAAAGCAAAAUGAAAAGAAACAGAAGUAUUUUGGAAAAAGCAUCUACAUCUAUGUUAGAAUCUUCAUCCCAAAAUAAAGAAUCAAACAUAUCAACUGGAACAGUAUCUAGACAAAUUGAAGAUAACUUAUUAGCAAAAAAUACUAUAAAUGAUGAAGAUUUGAAUCUUAUGGUUAAAAAUUUUAUCCGACUUGCACUUGCAUUUGAACAUAACAGAACGCCUAUAAAAAGAGAAGAUAUUUCAAAAAAAGUUCUUUUGCCGUCAUAUUCACGCUCUUUUGCUAUUGUAUUUGAAAAAACACAAGAAAAACUCAGAAAUGUUUUUGGUAUGGAACUCGUAGAAUUACCCUAUAAAAAUAAUUACAAACAUAUAUCUACAUCACAUUUACGUAGAAGCCAAAAUUCUCAAACUCAUAAUUCAUUUUCUAUGACACAUUUAAACAAAAGCUGGAUAUUAUGUAGCAUUUUAGAUCCUAAAUAUUCAGACUUAAUUUUCGAAGUUCCAACUAUAAAAGAAAGUGUUUUUUCAGGAAUAGUUAUGACGAUAUUAAGCAUAUUAAUUAUGAAUGGUGGGGAAAUUUCAAGUGAACUUCUUAUAAAAUAUUUAUCGCAAUUACAAAUGGAUAAAGAUACAUCUAUAGGAAGUCUUGAUAAAACUUUAAAAGAAAUGGUGAAAAAAGGAUAUUUAGAAAAAAUAAAGGACGACAUUACAUCUACUAACGAAGAAAAAGGCUAUAUUUAUUUAUUAGGACCCAGAGGAAAAACAGAAAUUGAUCCAGAAAGUUUGACAGCUUUUAUUAAAAAAAUACAAGGCGAUACCGCUCCUCAGAAUUUAAAAGAAAUAGUAAAAGAAUUAUUUAAUAAAAGUAUAUCCAGUAAAUCUUAAAGAACUAAAUACGAAAUUCGCUAAAAUAUAAUGAAAAAAUA